AUGAAAAUUAACAUCAACAGGCUAAUAAGUCUUACUAUUAACUUAAUAAUCAUCAAUUUCAUACUAUUACUAAUUAUACCCGUGAUAUCUUUAUUUUUCACCAAAAACAUCUAUGAUUCGGUGAUACCACCAGAAAACACUUUAAUUUAUCAGCCCACAGAUAUAACCACGCCCACAAUCAUAUCUUUAAAUGAGUUAACUCCAAAUAUAGACUAUUAUUUACCUGAAUUAAACUUUUAUAUUUAUUGUGAGUCAUCAAAGUAUAAAAGUGACUCGAAAACCAAAUUAAUUAAAAAUUAUGAAAUUGUUGAAAGCAUUGUUAAGCAACAGCACAUAUCUAAUAAUAUUAAGGAUCAACAACACUUGCAAAAGGAUGAAGAAGGAGAAAUUCUAAGAAGGCAUGUUGUAUCUUUGUUCUGUUAUGAUAAUGAUAAGCAUUUACUUCCUCAACUACCUUCUUCUUCUUCUUCUUCUUCUCCUUUCGCUGCUUUAGAUACUUCUGUACUUAAUGUUUUUUCUAAAAUUAUAGGUAAAACUUUAAGCGUUAGUUCGCUACAAAACUUGUUUUCAUCCAUGACAUAUAACCAUAUUCCACACGACAUUUAUAGUCACUACGACUACAGCAGUAUUAAUAAUAAUUUAUACAACGUUAUUAUACCCAACGAAAUAUAUAUUGACAAACAUGACAGAGGAAAUUUGCAUUUACAAUUUCAAAAGAUUCUCACUAGUGGGAAAAAGUCCGUCAUUCGUACUACCGACGAUGUUAAAGAUGAACUUAAUGAUGGGAUUGAUUUGGAACAAAAUAAAGAGAAAUAUUUGAGGUAUUCUAAGGACCAUUUUUUAAAAAUUGCAUUUGUACCUGUGGGUUCCUCAGCGAAGGGUAAUACUAAUAACAAUGGGGGUAAAAAUGAUGAGCUAGAUGAGCUAAUCAUUUUGGAUAAAAGUAGAAUCUUAUUAACACAGAAUUAUCAGGAUAACUUUAUUAGAAAUUUUUUACAAACUUGGCAAAAAUUAGGUCUGUUAAUGAUUUUUAUUUUCAACUAUGUAGUUAUGCUUUUUAUAAUUGCACUUAGUGCAAUUGUAGCGAGUUUUUUUGUGCGGUAA